UUUUCAGUGACCGGCUGUCAAAUUGGGAAGGGGUAAUAUGUCUAAAGAGGAAGCAGCGCAAUAUUUUGUGUUUCAGAAAGGAGGAAGGAGAAGCAGAAGCAGAAGCUUGUAAAGUUGUAAGAGGAAGAGUUCCUUUGAGGUAUUUGAGAAGAAAGAUGGAUCCAGACGCGGCUUUACAGUUGGUGAAGGAGGGCGCUACACUGCUCCUACUCGACGUUCCUCAGUCCACACUCAUAGGCAUUGACACUCAGAUGUUUUCUUCGGGGCCUAACUUCAAGGGUAUCAAAAUGAUUCCUCCUGGAGUUCAUUUCGUUUAUUAUAGCUCAUCUAACAGGGAAGGCAAUGCAUUCUCACCAAUCAUUGGUUUCUUCAUUGUUGCAGGCCAUUCAGAGGUAAUUGUUAGGAAAUGGGAUCAGAACGAGGAGAAAUUUGUCAAAUUGUCUGAAGAAGAUGAAGAGAGAUAUGGUCAAGCUGUGAGGAGAUUGGAGUUUGACAGACAACUAGGCCCUUAUAUGCUGAAUCAAUAUGGAGAUUGGAGACACCUGUCUAACUAUAUUACAAAGGCUAUCAUUGAACGCUUAGAGCCUAUAGGAGGAGAAAUUUCUGUCUCAUCUGAACCUGAUAGCAUCAGCAACAUUCCUAAGACAACCAUGGAAAAAGCUUUGGCUGAGCAGCUGAAGAAUAGUAAAUUUUCAAGGCCAGUUGAGAAGCCUGAAAGAAAAGGUUGUUACUUCACGCCAAUUCCUCGUCUUAUAAAACAUAAGGGAUUGUCCGGGCACGACCUUACAAACAUGAACCUUGACAAGACACAGGUAUUGGAGACCAUUAUAGCAAAGGAAUAUGGCGGAAAUGAAAAUUCCCUUCUGGGAGAAUUGCAAUUUUCCUUUAUUGCAUUUCUGAUGGGACAGUCACUUGAAGCAUAUUUACAGUGGAAGCUUAUUGCCAGCCUUUUUCUUGGAUGUACAGAGGCUCCUCUUCACACAAGGAGUCAGCUAUUCACCAAGUUUGUCCAAGUAAUAUAUUAUCAGUUGAAAUUUGGAUUUCAAAAGGACGAUAAAAAUGCCGAUGUUGCAGAGAAAGGAGCCAUGGCAUUGUUGGAUGAGUCUUGGUUAUCUGAUGACAGUUUCCUGCACAUCCUUUGCAAGGACUUCUUCUCACUGCUACUUGAGGCCCCUGUGAUUGAUGGUGACCUCCUAUCAUGGACUAGAAAACUCAAAGAUCUGCUCGAGGACUCUCUUGGUUGGGACUUUGAAUCGAACAAUGCAGCUGACGAAUUAAAUUUUGAAGAUGAUGAGUAUGCUCCAGUGGUAGAGAUGAUAGAUGAACCAGGCCAUAGCGGCAUGGACACAUCUUCAAUCUAAACCCUAGCCAGAGGCAGACAAUUAUACCGAGGGCAAACUCAUUUUGCGGACCAACUAACGUCAGUGUGCUUUGUAUAUUACUGCAAAUAGUUGAAGGUAUUACCAUGAUCAAAUGGUGGAGUUUAAUUUACAGGUCAGAUAUUGAUAGAAUUUUCUCACUGUAAUAUAAUGUUGCCUAAUCUACAGGAAAGCAACCUUUAUGUGGCCUUGUUUUGGUUUUGCUUACUUUGUUUUUGUGGUCCACUUCAAUCCAUACUUGUUACAUGUCACUGAAUUGAAGCUUUGAUAGUUUGAUUCUUAUUUUUAGAUUCUCAAAUUCCUUGAGUUGGGAGACCCGUACAGAAUAUGGUUUAUAUAUUUGACUAUUUGAGGGA